AUGUGGGCUGAACAUCCUAACUGCAUCAAUGUGAUUAAAUAUUGUUGGAAAGCAAAGUUCUAUGGAUGCCAUAUAUACACUAUGUCUCAAAAGUUGGAGCUCCUCAAAGUAAAGCUUAAGGCUUGGAACAAGGAGAUUUUUGGAAAUAUUCAUCAUCUGCUAAAUAAUGCUACAACUAAUAUGAAUGACAUUCAAGCUCAAAUUCAGAGUGAUGGGCAUAAUGAUGACCUCAUUGCUAAAGAACAAAAAGCUCAAUUGGAGAUGGCUAUUGCCCUAAAGUUAGAGGAAUUGUUUUGGCAUGAGAAAUCCAAUGUAAGGUGGCACAAUAAGGGACAUAGGAACACUGCAUACUUCCAUAGGAUUGCUAAAAUUAAGAAUUGUACCAAACACGUCUCAACAAUUCAGCAUAAGGGUGUGACCUACUCUAGACCUGAGUACAUUUAUCACAUCUUUUCCUCUCAUUUAGAACAACUGUUUAAUUCUUGCAAUGACUGCUUUGAUAAUAGUUUGGUGGAUGAGGUGGUUCCUCAAUUGAUUAACGAUCAUUUUAAUGCCCUUCUGAAUGUCCUUCCUAAUCCUGAAGAAAUAAAAAUCGUUGUUUUUUCCUUGAGCAAAAAUAGUUCACCUGGGCCUGAUGGGUUUGGUGGUUUCUUCUUCCAAUAUUAUUGGGAUGUCAUUCAUACUGAUGCUAUCAAUGCUACUGCCCAAUUCUUUUCCACUGGUUGGAUCCUUCCUAAUUGGAAUGCCAAUAAUAUUGUCCUCAUCCCUAAGUGA